AUGGAUAAUUCAGUCAGUAAUGCAACCCCAUCAAAAGAAACAUCGACUGCUAUUAUUUCUGAAUUGCAAACUGCCUUUGUUUAUGAAGAUUUAGUCUUUCAUGUACAAGCUAUUCAACAGCAAAUAAUUGAAAUAGUGAAAUUUAUUGAUGAUCACUGUAAAAAUAACAAGGAAAUAAGAAAAGAAUUCAAAUCACGUCCAUUAACAUUUAUUGAUUCUUAUGGAAAUUCAACAACCGAUGAAUAUUUUGAUCAUCAAAUCAUCAGUACAAUAUUCAGUAGCUAUAAGAACGAUUAUGUCCCGAAGUAUUUACAAAAAUGGAUAAAAAUUGGAAAAAUGAAUGAAAACGGUAUUUCACCAUUGAGUGAAGAUGAGCUCAAUUCGUCUGUAUCCGAAUAUGAUGAUGUUUAUCGGUUUAUUCAAGGGGGAAAAAACUCAUUCCGAGCCAUUCGAAUGGUUAGGAAUGGAUAG